AUGAUCAUGGCAGAGAAAGCGCUUCUUCUCGAAGAACUGCCAGUUGAGAUGGUCCGGAGAAUCAUGGAAGAAGUGGAUUUUCUGACUAGGUGAGGAACAAAUCUUUCCCAAUCUUUUCUGAUAUUGCUGUAUUCUAGAACGUCACUUCGAAAAUGCAAUCAUCAGUUUCAAGAAAUCGUAGACGGAACCGUUCUUUGGUUGGAGAAAAUCGAAGUGAAACUGGAGAAGAAUCGAGUGAGACUGACUGUGAAGACGUCGUCGGACACCUCUUUCCACGCGGUCUUCUCCAUGAACGGACCCAACGUUUGCCUCGUCGAAACCAGUUCGGAAAACGGUCAAAUUCCGCUAUUCCAAAAGAAGAGAACGAUUGAGGGAAACUUCAUCGAGUGCGCGUUCAGAGAUCUGCGAACAGUCCUCAUCAAUCCGAAACUGACCAUCAAAGAUCUUUGCUUUAAUGCGACGAGUGAGGAGAACCGGGGGGAUUUCGUGUACAGAAUGAGAAGGACUCUCGCUUCUUUGCCGCACCAGUUGAACGUGGAGUCGAUCAGACUGGCGUCCAACUACGAGGAUGACCUUCUCAAGAUUAUGACGUUCCUCGAUGCGACCCGACUCAAGAAGAUCAAUCUUUCGCCGCUCUCCCGCUCGAAUUCGUCGUUCCACGACGAACCGGAACGAAUCUUCAAGCUGCGGAAGAUCGCGCAACAGGAAUAUUUCCAAACGGCCGAUGCUCUGUGCACCGGGGACUUUGUUCUGGACUUCAACUUCGAGCAACUCGCUCACUUCUCCACUCUUAAUGUGACAUUGAAUCAAUUGUCGUUAUCCGAUGUGCAGAAACUGAUUCAGGUGAUUGGAAAUUAGUGUAUUACAACGUAUUGAAUGAUUUCAGACGGCAGCAGAAUCAGAGAAAGAAGUCAAGUGGACGGUGAAAAGCAGAAAUGGGUUGGACUCGAAAGGAAUCGAGGAUAUGCUCGGCCAUGACGCGUUCGGAUUGGAGAGGGAGCGAGUGUUCAAGUGCGCGAACGGAUACGUCAAGUUCAAGUUCCUGAUGUACGCGAUCCUCAAGAUGGGACACGUCGCCCCGAGCAACGGAUUCGUCAUCGAGACGUUCUCCACUCCGAGGUUCGAUCAGAAGAUUCCAGUUCACGAGUUGCCUUUCUAA